CUUCCGCUUCCGUACUUGAUUGUGACGUGUCGGAACCAGAUAGUAGGACUACAAAAAGGCAACUCGACAGUGCGCGAGUUACACCUUUUUUCUAGAUUCUCCGCUUGCGUGUCGGUAUUAAUGGCAUGUAAAGCGGGAAACAACUUCUCUGGGACUCGGACGCACGCACAACUGAGCAACAAUGGGCGACGCUAUUGCAGCUCCAACUCUUCUGGGAAGGCUGUCUACAUGGUUGCGGUGUGUGUUUAUAGGAAUAUUCCACCAUUCUUCCAAAAGCGCAUUGAGAAAGUAAGCAUGGCGUUCAAACUCUACUGCCUGACUGUGAUGACGGUGGUGGCCGCUGCAUACACGGUGGUUGUGCGGUACACGCGGACCGCCUCAUCAGGUGACCUGUACUUCUCCAGCACGGCCGUGUGCAUCACCGAGGUCUUUAAGUUACUACUCAGCACUGGGAUGCUGGCAAGAGAGUCGGGCAGCCUAAAGAAGCUGGUGGGCAUCCUCAAGAGGCAUGUGUUCUGCAACCGCAGAGAGCUGCUGACACUGAGCGUACCCUCGGUAGUGUACGCCAUCCAGAAUAACAUGGCCUUCCUGGCGUUGAGUAAUCUUGAUGCUGCAGUUCAUCAGGUGACAUAUCAGCUGAAGAUCCCGUGCACGGCGCUCUGCAUGGUCCUAAUGCUGAGGCGCACUCUCAGCAGGUUGCAGUGGUUCGCCAUCGCCAUGCUCUGUGGAGGCGUCAUGCUGGUGCAAUGGAAGCCUAUGCACGCCGCUAAAGUCCCGGUUGAGCAAAACCCUUUUGUUGGCUUCAUGGCCAUCGCUAUCGCGGUCCUUUGCUCUGGGUUUGCAGGUGUGUACUUCGAGAAGGUCCUGAAGAGCUCUAACACAUCCUUGUGGGUGAGAAACAUCCAGAUGUACAUAUCUGGCAUCGUGAUCACCAUGCUGGCCGUGCUACUGAACGACGGCCAGAAGGUCAUGGAGAAAGGCUUCUUCUUCGGUUACACGCCCUAUGUGUGUUUUGUCGUAUUCCUGGCCAGCGUAGGAGGUCUGUACACGUCUGUCGUGAUGAAAUACACCGACAACAUCAUGAAGGGCUUCUCCGCCGCCGCCGCCAUCGUUCUGUCCACCGUGGCGUCCCGCAUCUUUUUCGGACUGCACAUAACGGCCACAUUUGCAUCGGGAGCCAUCUUGGUGUGUGUGUCCAUCUAUCUGUACGGCCUUCCAAAGCAGGACACGUCCAAGCUGAGUGUGGAGGACAGCAAGCGGGAGUCCAAACAGAAACCAAAUAGUGUGUGAGACCCUGAUCCAGCGAGGAGGAUGAAGGAUCCAAGUUGUCAAUCUCCAGGUUGAUGUCUUCUGCAAGCUGCGGUGGAUGUACAAGUUUGCUACUGAGGAAAGCCGGCGUUACAAGGAGGGCCGAGUCAUCCUGGAGAAGGUGCUGGUGAAGGAGUCCGAGGGUUUCGAGCACGUACCCACGGACAGCUCUUGAAAAAUAACGCGGGUUGUUAGCGUUGCAGUAGUGCAAAGUCUGCGCGUACCACAGCUCUGCCUCUGACGGCAGAAAGGUGUGUAACAGCAUUGCUUUUUUCUCUUUAAACUGCCUUGAAUGUCAUUGUGUUCACUGGCUGUGAUGUUCAAUAUGGUGCCGUAGAAUCAGGAUGGAGGGUGCAUUCAUGCUGCUGGGUUGCAUACUCGCUUUGGCCAGUUUUGACUCUUCAGUCUAAUGAGGUGAGGGGGAAGAUUGUCAUUUACACAUUCCUUCAGUGCGUUGCCAGGCUUGCAACUAUUUAAUUUUCAUACAUAAAAUAUGUUUUCAACUAUCGUUGAUUGGUUUUAUACAUACAGUGGGGCAAAAAAGUAUUUAGUCAGCCACCGAUUGUGCAAGUUCUCCCACUUAAAAUGAUGACAGAGGUCUGUAAUUUUCAUCAUAGGUACACUUCAACUGUGAGAGACAGAAUGUGAAAAAAAAUCUAGGAAUUUUAAAGAAUUUAUUUGUAAAUUAUGGUGGAAAAUAAGUAUUUGGUCAACCAUUCAAAGCUUUCACUGAUGGAAGGAGGUUUUGGCUCAAAAUUUCACGAUACAUGCCCCCAUUUAUUCUUUCCUUAACACGGAUCAAUCGUCCUGUCCCCUUAGCAGAAAAACAGCCCCAAAGCAUGAUGUUUCCACCCCCAUGCUUCACAGUAGUUAUGGUGUUCUUGGGAUGCAAGUCAGUAUUCUCUUCCUCCAAACACGAUGAGUUGAGUUUAUACCAAAAAGUUCUAUUUUGGUUUCAUCUGCUGUAUCAUCCAUGUAUCCAUAUUGGAUACAUGGAUGGUGAGAUUUUGAGCCAAAAUGAUACAUGAUACAUGUAUCAUCCAUGUAUCCAUUUUGGAUACAUGUAUAGUGAGAUUUUGAGCCAAAUUCUCCUUCCAUCAAUGAGAGCUUUGACCAAAUACUUAUUUUCCACCAUAAUUUACAAAUAUAUUCUUUAAAAUUCCUACAAUGUGAAUUCCUGGAUUUUUGUUUCACAUUCUGUCUGUCACAGUUGAAGUGUACCUAUGAUGAAAAUUACAGACCUCUGUCAUCAUUUUAAGUGGGAGAACUUGCACAAUCGGUGGCUGACUACUUUUUUGCCCCACCGUACAUACAUACAUACACAGGAUGAUUAGUGCACUUUGGUUGCAAGAGUUAAAGCUUGUCAACUGAUAUUUAAAAUGUUACCUCUUUUGCUUCAGCUUUAAGGCUGCUCAAAUGUAAAUGCUGUUGUUUUAAUGUAUCAUUUGGAAAAUAAAUACAUACCACAUUUUU